GAAGUUUAUUAAACAAAAGCUGACUUAGGCGAAUCCAAAAAGGAGAGUCAGAUUCCAAAUCGUCGAUCUCCACCCCCUGGAAACGGUUCGAGAGCCCCACGUUGCUUACAUCCUUCGUCUCCGUCAUCUCUAGCCGCACCACCAAAGACGAAACCCUUCCUACCUAUCGCGUGCGUACCACUACCCCGGAUACACCCAUACUCUGCGUCGCGGGGGGUUCGCGGACACCUGCUUUCUUUGCCGUCACAGGAAAAUGGUCAAUUCGUCAUUGGAGGAGUCAAACGAUAACGGGAGCGCCGAGACUCGUGGUAGUGCUAAAAGCGGUAGCUCGAGACCGUCUUUUACCGACUAUUGGAGACGCACUAAAGAGGCCGCGAGGUCUAUCACCUUCGUCUCAAGCGGUCCCGAGGCACAGGCAGGACCUAGCAAAGAUGACGGCCAUCACGGCAACAACAAUGGACGGGAGUCGGAUCUGGGUAAGUCUAAGGCUAGAAGGGCGCAGGUCCGAAAGGCCCAGAUCCAGCAUCGAGAGCGCAAGGCAAAUUACACGAAGCAGUUGGAGAUGGAUGUAGUCCGUCUACGCGAUCUGAUCGAGCAGACGGAGCAUCAGAGCUCGGCCCUCAGGACCGAAAAUGAGGCGAUACGGCAUCGUUUAAGUCUUGGCUCAGCCUCGGCUCUGGGGAUGAUCCCGUCUCUCGGUUUUUCGCUCUCGCAGCCGGAGUACACGGCCAGUCUUCUUGCUUCGUCCGAGUCUCUAAGUACACCGCUCUACCAGGUUCAACGGAUCCCAACGCCGUCGUCAUCAUCAUCGCCGCAUAGUGCCGGUGGAGGGGAUUUUGUAGACGUGGCUGGGAUCCCGGGAAUGGUUCUGGGGAUGACGAUGUCGCAGGAACAGGUCGAUCACGCCAUCAACUUUAUCUUGGAGCUAGAACAUAUCUGCUGGAACCACUUCCACCCCUCGUACUACGACCACAACGACUACGACCCAGAGGGCAAAGAAAACGGACACAUGCUAAUGGCCAGCGCCCUCGCGCUCCGCAGCGCACCAGCCGGGGCAUGGGAGCAGAUCGGCGCCGAGAAAGAGCGUCGGAAGCAGGCCAAUCCCAACGCCGGCAGUUGCACGGGCACCGGUCCCUCCUAUGCCCCUGGAUUCCCGAACCCAACCAGCAGCAACGAUGAAAACUGUCUCAACCCUAACAUCAACACCACCCUAACAUCCUGGCAAAUCCCUCCUCGCCCCAACAACAACCACACCCAAACCCACACCCACACCCACAACCCCCAAACCUUCCCCCCCUCACCUACCACCAACCCCCCAAACCCCAGCACCACCGAACCAGCCCUAACCCUCGAAUCCCUCUUCCACCUCGCCUCAACGCUCAACCCAGCCUCCGGCCCCGAACUCGCGCCCGUGCAAGCCUGGUUCGAAGUCGCGCGACUGUACGGCGGCGGGGUGGUUCUGAAUGUCGGACUCAUGGACCGCGUGAAAGCCGCGCUGGCGCCGUCGGUGGAAUGUUUGCAUUUCGGGGCCGUGAUGUCCCGCGGUGCGUUUGAGGAGGCUGUCGAGAGGGUUUUGGGACCGAUUCCUGGGCCGGCGAUUUAGGGGUUUGGGAAGGUUGGUUGGGUUUAGGGGGGAGAGGGGGGAAGGAGGAGGUACAUAGGUGUGAAAAGAUGGGAUGGUUGAGAUGGUGGGGUGGGUUUGUAGGUAUUUGUAUAUAUGUGUGCGACGACAGGAGAUUGAAAAUAAGGAAGGAGUAUGGGAUGGUUGAUCGAGAAUGUAGGAAAUAUUGAUUUAUAACCAAAAGACUUUGUACUUACCUAGGAAUUAAAAGUUUGGGAAACAUUAUACUUUAUGGAAAUUUCUACUGCGUUGGUAGGAUGCUGAUAACGCGUAUGUUUCUUACCAUGUCAGCC